CAUUUUCGCUAAGGAAAAGGUUGCUUCAAGUGCUCCCAGGAGCUUCACAUUUUCGGUUCGCGAGACAGUUUUGGGACACCCUGUAUAAACGUGUCGAUCACGUGUGAUUCAGAUUCUUGUGUAUGUUAAGUUGAUAAUACAGGAUAACCAAUUGUGUAAACGCUUGAAGUUUUAUCAUGGAGACGGGAUUUUUAAAUUUUCAUGAUGAAGAACACUUUUCGGAUUUUUCAUUACCUUUGGAACAGGUAAUGUUAUUAAUGCACAUAGUUGAAAACGAUUUUGACUAUAUGGAAACCCAUCUUGAUAUUGUAAAUUCUGAUAGUAUAUGGAGUAAUGAACAUGAAUGCACAGAAGAUGUGGAGGAAGAUAUUCCUACUAUAUCUAAAAUGGAUAAUAUUAAAGAAGAUUUUGCAAAAGUUCUCACAGAUUGGCAAGAACAUAUUGGUUAUUUGCAGACCACCGACAUUGAUGAAUAUAUGGAUAUCAUAGGGUUAAAUACGAAUAAUACUGAUAGGAAAAGCAUUUGCAGUUCAGAAAGCAUAUUUGAAGAUGAACAGGCGAUGCAGACUUUAGAACCCGAAUGCUUUAAAGCAAAACAAGUGGACCUUACGAGAGAAUAUCUUCAGAAUGAUAAAGAAAAGCAUGAACCAAGCAGUAGUAAUAAAAAUACAGAGAAUUUAGUAGAACAGAAUUCAUAUCACAAAAUAGCUGAUGCUAUUAAAAGUUGUGAUAAGCAAGAACAUACACAAGAUUAUUUAUGCCCUAAAAGCAGUCAAAGUAAGAUAAAAAAGAAUAUACCUAAUAUGCUAGCAAAACAAAAGAAGAGAAAAAGAGAAAAGACUGUAAUCUCAAAUAAAGAUACAAAAAUUAGUAAUUGUAAUAGUAAAUCUCAUACAAAUCAAUUAGCAGUCUUGGAAGCUGGAACUGUUGAAAGUUUACUAGAAAAAUUUGAAGCUUCCGAAAAUAGUGUAGUAUCAUCUGAUUCAUCUAGCAAAAGUAAUACAGAUUUUAAUCGAGAACCAAGUUUAAGCUGUUAUAAAAAACAGCAUCUUAUUAAGGAACCUAGAUCCACUAUUUCUAAGAAAUCAUUAUCACAAGUUUCAAAUUUGCAUAAGAAUAUUAGAAAUGCGUUAUCAAACAAAGUGAUAGAGAAGAUAAAGACAUCUGGACGUAAAAAACUAAUUUCAAUAGUACCAACAAUGCCAAGUAUACAGGGUAAUAGUCGUAGUAAUGGAACCCGUAUGCAAGACGCUGCUGUGACGCUAUCCCGAAAUAAGCUUUUAAAAAUAGUAACAAAUAAUACUAAAACUAGGGCUAUUGAUGGUGGACUAGUUCAAUUGGAUCAUGAUUACUGUAGUAACACUACUUCAUCUGUGAGUAGCUCUGAUAGCAACAGUGAAUAUGAGAAACAAUCAAGUGACAGUGAAAAGACGACUCCAGUUAAAGAUUGUGAUCGAAAACAAACUAAAUGUCAUGACAUGGUUACAAAAUCAACAAUAGCACUUAAUGAAAAUAAAAUUUUAAUAAAGAAAAAGGGACACUCGGUUGAGAGUAAUGCAAAGAAAAGCUGUACACUGAAACUAAAUAAAAUAAGUUGUGAUCGUGUAGAACAAAUAGGGACUGCGGUAUGUAACAGUGUUCAAGUAAGCAAAUGCAUGAAACAACACAUUGAAGAUGAAAGUCAACAAGAAACAGUCACAGGAAAAGAACGUUCUCAAUGUGUCAAUAUAUCAAACAAAACUAUAAAUUCUGUUAACCAAUUUCGACAUGAAUCUUCAAGUAAUUCAACACCUGAAAUGAAAAUACGUUCGGCUUUAGCAACAAGUAUUUUACAAUUACAACGAGGCGGGUCAACUAAAACAAAGUGUACGAAUGGAGAGAUCCAUAAAACAAAACAAAUGAUUUCUGUAUUGAAGAAACCACUCAAUGGGCAACUACCAAGCGUUGUAAUAAGUAACGCUUGUGAAAAUGUAGUUGCUACUAAUAAUAGUUCAAAUGAUAGACAACAAAGUAUUAUUAUUCAAAAUACUGACGAGAAACUCAUACCAGAAGAGCAAAAAAAACCUCCCCGCAAAAAACUGAAUUUAGCAGAAUAUAGAAGUAGAAGAGAGCAAAAUCGUAGUGAUAAUAGUGGAACGAAUUCACCAAUUCAACCUAUGACAUUAAUAUAUAUUCACCAUGUUUCUACAACAACCGAACCUAUCAAAGAUGACUUUGGUAGCCUUAAUUGGUCUGAAAGGGAGAUUGUAUCAAUUUUAAAGCCGAAAGGAGAUGUAGACGAAGAAAAAGUUCGUCCGAAACCAAAAACUUGCGACGUCGGAAUACAAACCUAUGAAACUGUGUUUGAAUUUCCUCCAAAAUCUUUAAUUGAUGUUGAUGACAGAAAUGAGGAAGAGAGAGAAAAACAGGUUGUGAACAGAAGCCAACGAUCCUACAGGUUGCACAGGAUUAGUUCUAGUACAAGUCGAUCUAGAUCGAGAAGUAAAAGUAAAAGUAGGAGUAAAAGUAGAAGCAGGAGUAGCAGUAGCAGAAGCAGGUCCUGUAAACGCAGCAUUACACGUCAUCGAAGAAUAAGCCAUCGACGCAGUUCCGUUAGCUCAAGUAGUAGUUGGUCAUCUCGUUCACGUUCAAAUACUACAUCUACUUUCAGUUCAGGAUCGACAUACUCACGAUCACAUUCUAGAUCGUCCAGAUCAAGGUCCCAGUGUUCUUCACCAUAUUCCAGUUGUUCAAGAUCUUCAACUCGUUCUAAUUUUGGGAGAAAUAAAUGGUCAAACCGUCGAAGAAAAGAAAGGCGCCAUCGCAAAUGUUACGAAAGACACAGACAACGCUCUACAAACAGUUAUAGUUAUAGGGAUUGUGAAUAUGAGAGGAGAAGAUCACCGUCGAGUUCUUAUCAUAAAGCAUAUGACAGUUGGGCAUCAUAUGACAGAGAAAAGCAAAGACAGGUGGAGGAACGACGGGUAAUUUAUGUUGGACAAUUAGAAGAAGGAAUUACGAAAACUGAUUUACGAAGAAGGUUCGAACGUUUUGGACCUGUGGUGGAUAUUAGUGUCCAUUUUCGUGAACAUGGGGAUAAUUAUGGUUUUGUAACGUUCGCUUUCAAACAUCACGCAUAUGAAGCUGUCGAACAUGGUAACGAUGAUCCAGAUUUACCAAGAUAUGAUUUGUGUUUCGGAGGUAGAAGAGCAUUUUGUAAAGUGAAAUAUGCUGAUCUUGAUGGCGUGGCAAGUGGAUCACCUGGCAGUAGUCAUUUGCCACCUAUGAAUGAAGAUAACACAUUCGACCUGUUAUUAAAAGAAGCAAAAGCCAAAUUACGCAAAAGGAAGGUUUGACAUAUGUACUACUUGUUAGUUGUAAAUGUUAUUUAAAAACUAGUACAGAUGUCAUUUACGAUUGUAUCCAAUGCAAAAGUAAGUAAAAUGAUGUGCUGGUAUUUUUUACCAGUCAAUAUGUAGUGAGAAUUAUGACGUGAUUAUUGUAAAGUAUGCAUUACCAUUGCAUUGAUUUUAUGAUAUUUGUAAAGGAAUAUAGUACGUGACAGCUUCAUAUUUCGAAGUAAUCGACAUCAACAUUAUUAAACUGUACAGGAUAUCUCAUUUAAGUCUACGAUAUUUUCGAUAACAAUGGAAGUAUUAAAUUUCAUUCUGUAUGAAAGUCUGGUUAGUUAACAGUGUAUAAUUGUAAUAUGAUUAUUUCGAAGUUUCUCCUCA